CUUAUCUCUCCUCUCUCAGUCCUCCCUUCUUCCACGCAUUUCCCUUCUCCCCCAUUCCUUCUAUGCCAUUUCUACCUCUUUUGCUUUUUUUUUUUUCAAAAUCUUCCACCAAAGUGAAUAUCCGGAAAAUUAUUGGAGUUUGCUCUCCUCUCCAACUCAACGCCUCAGCCCUCCUCUCUCUCCGGCAUAUAUGUCUCUCGCCUCUUCUUCUUUUCUUUCGCCAUUUCUUCACUUCUUUCAAUCGUUUUCUUUCUUUGUUCUGCACUCCCUCCAUAAUUAUAUUAAAGUUUUAAUUUUACAGAACUCAUCUCCAUGUUCUUUCUUCCAUAGAUUCUUAUAUAUUUUCUCAAGAAAAUGACUCGAUGACCUAGGUCAGCAAAGAGUUGGCUCUUUCCGCCACCAACACCAUCAAAGCUCAACUCUCCUUUAGAAAAUUACGGGAUUUUUUCCUUCAUACAUAGUGCAAUCUUUUUAAUCUCAAAGCUUUGAAUGUUGAGAGUCAAAUGGUGUUAUAGAAUUAUAGAAACUGCUCAGAUUCUUCAUCAGUGGAACACGAAAUAUCAACUUGUCACAGUUGCUGCUGCUGCCAUACUUAGGUGUGUUGCUGCUGCUCCCCCACUCUUACAAUUAAAGGCAAAGACAAAGAUGUUGAAGCAGUAUACCAGAGGAGUGUGGAUUUGCUGUUGUUGUUGCUGCUGCCCCAAUUUUACAACUAAAGGCAAAGACAAAGUAGAUGAAGCAGGAAUCUGGAUUUGUUUAAUGACAAUUGACAACUAUCCAAUUAUUUUAUGAAAUUUAUACAAGCAGUAAUUUUAUAAGUAUAUUAGUAUACCAGUAAUUUUAUAAGUAUAUUAGUAUACCAGUAAUUUUAUAAGUAUAUUAGUAUACCAGUAUGAUGGGUGGAUGUAAUUUUUGUAGUUUACAUACUCAGUGAUGAUUUUAACUUACUUAUAUAGUAAGGUGUACUUAGAAUUUAUUAUGGAUAGAGUUUCUAUUAAUAUUUCAUUAAGCAUCGUUGAAGCA